AUGGCGACUUACAAUGUCUUUUGGUUUGGGAACUCGCUGCGCACACACCGCGACACUCCAGGUGCAAUGCCUCCAGACAAGGUACCGUUUCGAACACAUCAAGAUGAUCUGUUCAACGUCUACGCGAAGCUCGAGAUUUGGUUCCAAGCAAAUCCAGUUAAUGCACCGCCAGGUAUUGCACAUGACCUGGACUGGGUGGAUGGGAAGAAUUGGGCAUGGCCCAGGAAUAAUCUUGCGUCGACCAUAGGUAGCUUGAGAGUAAAGAAGGAGCGAGCAAAGCGACAAAAAAUUGGGAUUUUAUAA